AUGAGUGAUUUGGCAAAUCGUGUGGCAGCCAUCAUUCCAGGAAAAUGGAUGGAAGUUGCUAUUCAGCUGGAGAUUAGAAUGGGAGCAAUUGAUGCAGUUCGUGGAGAGAAUCGCAAGUGUUUUCAACAGUUCAUGGCUAUUCUGGACAUAAUGGGAGCGAUCUUCAAGUCCUCCAUUCACCUGGAACACCUUAGUCAGUGUCUUGAAAUCUCCAUCAGUCAAUGA